CGGGAUACGAUGGCGCAAGGAGGGAUGCAGAACUCAUCUGCUAAUAACUUUUCAAUCUCCUUUAUGUCUGUUUCCGCAAUCUCUAUCUCAUUGAUUCCAACUCAAAGUUUCAUUCUUUCUAGAAUCCCACCAGAAGCAAUGUUCUACUCUCCUUAUGAAAGUCUGGACACGUUCUUCAAGCACGCUCGAACUCUCAUCGAAUGAUUUGCCAAAAAAAAAAAGCUUGCUGGACACGUCGCCGAGUGGUUUUGCAAAUAGCCCACCCCCGGAUGCCCCGCCCGAUGGCCUGUGCGAUGUUCUGCCGAAUAACGACGCGGCGGGUGCCGAACCGGAUGGGUCGGGGGACGCCCCGCUGCCAAAAAGUCCACCCCCGGAUGCCCCGCCCGAUAGUUUGGGGGAUCUCGUGCAUCUGUGGGGCUUCAAACAACAACAAUUGGAGAGGGAGUUGUCGCGAUGGGAGUUGGUACAGUCUGAAGAAUUCCCGUAGCAAGUUGGGGGCUCUAUCCCUCGGACACGGCCUAUAAACUCCGAAAGACUCAUGCCAUCUUGGAGAGGCUGACCCAAAUUGCGAUCCAGUAGCUUGAGGCUGUGCAUUUUCUGCAUCAGAGUCCCGAGCUGUAUAGAUCUGCAGGCAUCGUUGCAACCGCCCUCGCCCAAGAGGAAUUUGCGUUUAAGGUUGCUGAGACGCAUGGUGAUCUCCUGAGAGUCAUUUUUUCGUCGGUUAUUUAUUUCGUCUACGGGUCGUUAGUACUGUACCGUACUGCUAGCGGGAUUUAUAGACUUAAACCGGACUCUCCUAACGGAACGGAAACUUACCAACAACCGCGGAUGGGAUCGGAAGCUCUAGUGUCUCAACAUGUUGUCUGUGUAUCUAGAAGAAAAUCCAUGCCUAGAAGACCGGAAGCCGGUUUCGAAUGAGACUGUACCUACCUAAUUACAGAUCAGAUCCAAAUGUCGG